AUAUUCAUACCAACAAAGAACUUGUUAAGACUUGCAAAUUUCUUCUUCUUUCUUUAGUUUUCUGUGUUAUAUUUUUAAUUCUCGUCGCUAAAAAUGGCCGGAAUUUUGGUGGUUUUUGAUUUCGACAAGACGAUUAUUGAAGUUGAUAGUGAUAAUUGGGUUAUUGAUGAACUUGGUUUUACUGAUUUGUUCAAUCAACUUCUUCCUACCAUGCCUUGGAACUCUCUUAUGGAUAGGAUGAUGAAUGAGCUUCAUUCAGAAGGUGUAACCAUUGAAGACAUUGAUGAAGUUCUGAAACGUAUUCCGAUUCAUCCGAGAGUUAUUCCUGCUAUAAAAUCUGCUCAUGCUUUAGGGUGUGAGUUGAGGAUUGUGAGUGAUGCAAAUAUGUUCUUCAUUGAGACAAUUUUGAAACAUCUUGGAUUAAAAGAUUAUUUUUCAGAGAUUAACACUAAUCCAGGAUUUGUUGAUGAAGAAGGAAGAUUAAGGAUUUCUCCUUAUCAUGAUUUUACUCAAUCUUCCCAUGGUUGCAGUCUUUGCCCACCAAAUAUGUGCAAGGGUCACAUCAUUGAAAAAAUUCAAGCUUCAAUGUCAAAAGAACAGAAUAAUAAGAAAAUAAUCUAUCUCGGUGACGGUGUCGGCGAUUAUUGCCCGAGUUUAAAGCUAACAGCCGCUGAUUAUAUGAUGCCGAGAAAAAAUUUCCCGGCAUGGGAAUUAAUUUUCAGAAAUCCUAUGCUUCUUAAGGCGGAAAUUCACGAAUGGACCGACGGAGAAGAAUUUGAACGAGUUUUAAUCGAGAUUAUUGAUGAAAUUUAUUUGGAAGAGAAUAAUGCUCAAUUGUUCUCAGCAGAUUACAUAUUGCAGAAUGUAUCAUCAAUUUCUGCUCUGCCUCAAGCUGUUCCUGUUCCUCUGUAAUUGAAAUUUAGUAACUUAAAUAUUGGCAAAAUGUUAAUGCCAUAAUUAUCAAAUUAACAAAAUUUAGUCUUUGUUUUAUGAAAUUGGAAGCAUGUGACUUAAGUUUGUAAUGCUGCUUCUGAACCAAUUUAAUUGUGCAAUAUAUAUACUAUAUAUGAAAUGUUUUGCAAAGAUAAUUCUUUUUAUUUUUUUA